AGUGACAAAUCGUGUUUUGGCAAAGAAGUUGCUGCGUGAUUUUCCUCCGUGGAAAAAUGUAAUUUUCUCUGUGAAAAGCACAAGUGCAGCAAUUAAAGAUGCUUCCUAAAGUGAUAUUAAUUGCUUGUGGAUCUUUUAGUCCACCCACACCGAUGCAUUUCCGCAUGUUUGAGAUUGCCAGGGAUUACUUCCAGCAGAUGGGCACUCAUGAAGUUGUGGGAGGCAUCGUUUCCCCUGUCCACGAUUCGUACGGCAAGAAGGGGCUUGUGGUGGCUAAGCACAGGAUUGCUAUGCUAAAGUUAGCCCUGAAGUCGUCAGAGUGGAUCAGGAUGUCCGAUUGGGAGACACAGCAGGAUGGGUGGACCAGAACAAGGAUCACCCUGCAGUACCAUCAGAACUACAUAAAUUCCCUGCUGAGUGACGACAGCAACAGGGACACUGUGCCUUCGUGGCUGCCGGGAAAUCUCAAACAGAUGACCGGGACGGUUCAAGUGAAGCUUCUCUGUGGUGCUGACUUACUUGAAUCUUGGAACGUGCCUGGACUGUGGGAGAAUGAUGAUAUUGAAGCAAUUCUGGGUCACCAUGGAAUUGUUGUGAUCUCAAGAAGUGGCUCAAAUCCCGAGCAAUUCAUCUUCAAUUCAGAUCUCCUCAGCAAAUACCGUCGAAAUAUAGAAAUUGUAACGAAUUGGGUGCCAAAUGAAGUGAGUUCCUCGAUGAUACGACGCCUCGUGAGUCGAGGGCAGUCAGUGAAGUAUCUCCUGGAUGACUCUGUGAUUGAGUACAUCAUGAAGAAUUCACUCUUUGGGGCAAAUAGUCAUAAGUACAUUUUGACGCCAAAUCACAAUGAAAUGGCAUUCUUGCAAACCCCAUCGCCGGGAGAUGGGAUUGUGCUGAAUCUGCAUAAAGUAGACAAUAGUGGGCAUCAGAGGCAAUUUGAGGAUAUGGACGAGACGGACUAUUUGUCCCAGAAAAGUCCAGAAUCCUCCACAAAUGGCAGUGGAAGUGUGGAACUUGUGAGACCGAAGAUGUUCUGUUGCGGUGAUUCGCUCAACAUGAAGACAUUGCGCAAUAGACCUGGUCAGGCAGUGCAGAUACGCACAGAUGCAUCUGGGAGUCAUAGUACUUUUGAUACUGAUGAGGUGGGUGAAGAUGAUGAUGAUGAUGAUAGCACAUGCACAUUAACUGCACUCCCAACGGGCGUUGAUCGGUCCGAUGGUGCUUCCCAAACAUCCAGCGAUGAUGUCGAAACUCUCUCCUCCAGGAGUUACACCGAUAUGAUUAAAUUUGUCUUCACAGAGCAUGGAAUCAGAGUCAUUAGUGACAAGGAAUAUGUUGUUUAGAAAAAAGACAGAGCAAAUGAUUUUUUUGUAGGGAGAGAGAGAAACAUUCAAUUAACCAUCUUCCACGUAGAGACUUCCAUGCAUGAGUGACUUUUUUUAAAGAGAUGAUAAAACACUCUUGAAACAAUUUUACUGUUCCUCCUAAAAUAACAUCUUUUUCAGUAUUUAUAGAAGUGAUAUAACAAAACAAUUUUUGUAGAUGCGAAUUGCAUGUGGAUUUGCAUGAAAAUACCGUUUUUGUGGUGUGCGUGUAAAUAACAAAUCUCCUUCGUCUUUUUUCUUCUCAAAGUGAUGUCAUUCCUUCCGUCAUUCUCAAAUUCACUUUUUUAUCACAGUCCAUUAAUCAAAAGGUAUUGUGGGAUUUUGAAAAAUCGCAUAAUGUAAAUUAUGUACAGAGAUUAAACCAUGAAACUUACCUUAUUUGCUUACAAUUUAUCAGAUGGAUUUCUUUGAAAAAUCAUUACACAGUUCUGAUGCAUAUUUCUCUAGAAGAGAAUCUUAAGACAUUACUAAGUUAUUUAGGAUGUUUAGGAUUACUCAUGUUAUGAAUCAACAAGAAAUGAUCCAAAUGCCAUAUAUAAAAGAGAUAGAAAAUAAGGUGGCAAAGCGUCACAGGCUUUGCGAAGUACUCGAACUUGUGUAUUGUCAAAAGUACUUUCGCAUCAUUUACCGUUUAUCGGUUCUCAACCGAUUUGAACCGAUUCAUAAAUUAAUAAAAAAAAUUCCCCAAAAUAGUUUUAAAAAUAAUAGGAUUGAUAUUCACUAUUCAGAUAAAAAUUGUUUAUCGGUUAUGAACCAGUUCAUUGCCGAUUCGAAACCGAUUGGAACCGGUUUAUUUUUGUCGGAAAUUCCAAGACCUUUCCAACGACCCCAAACAUGACCCAAUUCGCUUGAUAAAUGCGCUCUCUAGUGUCCUUUUAACCUUUGACCUUGAAAAACCGUUAUUAGAAAUUAUUCAACGGUAUUUUCGCACAUGGUCAAAGGCUUAAAAUGCACAUCGUGGCUUAAAAUAUACCUCAUGAGUAAUUUAAUUGAAUUUUGAAUGAAAAUUCUUCUUCUUCUUCUCUUCUUUAAAGUUUUUGUAGGGACCGGACGUCAAAUAGGUUAUGAACCGCUUCAUUACCGAUUCAGGACCAAUUGGAACCGAUUCAGUUUUAUCGGAAAUUCCAAUACCUCUCCAAAGAGCUCAAGUAUGACCUAUUCGGUCGAGAAAUACGCUAUCUAGAGCCUUUUUGAGCUUUGACCUUGAAAAAACGUUAUUAAAGAUGAUUUAA